AUGUCACCGCAAAAACCACGCGAAUCCUCUUCGCCAGACCCGGCAACGCCACGGCGCGGUUCGGCUGUCAAGAAUGGCGCUGCCGCGACAACACCUGCCAACAGGCGGGCUUCAGCGCAUGCCGGCGGUGUCACCCCGAAGAGCGCACCUCCCGGCACCGCCGGCCAGAGCUCGCAACGGAAAAAGUCAAUGGAACCAAAUUUGCUGGCCGAAUUCCUGCUAGGCCGCCCCUCGCCGGCGCGCGUGGCUGGCCAGCGGUCACCUUCAAAGCAGCGUCGAAAAAGCGUGGCUCUGGACGCAGCCGGUGUGCGGGAGGAGUUGCGCCAAGAAAUGCGAGCUGCAGCAGUACGGAGGCUCCAGCAACCCGGCGCGGUGACCGACCGGGUAAAGGCAUGGCAGAAGGUGAGCAUUUCCGCCAUGAAGCCGCAGGGCGGUGGUGUGCCACACGCCGAGGAUGUCGCAAGCGAGCCGACUGAAGUCGGCGCCCAGCUCGAUGACGCCACUGUUACUGAGGAAGACCGGGUGAGAAUCAAACUACGGCUCAAGUCCAAGAAGAAUAAGGCCAAGGUUGAGAACGGCAACCCACGCGGGAACAUGGAGGACGUGCGGCAAGAUAAGUCUGAUGGAGACCGGCCGGAUAUGAUAGCCAAGGACCCACGGGUUAAGGAGCGCCCGAAGAAGAGAAUCGUAAGUGAUGACAAUUGGAUGAAGCGCGGGAAGAAGCAAGGCCCUCAUAAGAUAGGUAUUGCGAAACCGAAAGCGGAAGGGAGUCCAACGCCGAUACCAAAAGAUUUCCUCCAACGUACAGCACAGAAUCCACCAGUCCAGAGCAAGAUCAAGGACUGGGCGAGCAGAAUAGAAACGCCAGACGCCCCUCGCGUGAGGCAUUACCAUCAUGCCGAUUCAGGCGCAACGGUAACUGUCGAGGAAGAUCCCCCUACCGAAGUUUCUUCCGACCGAGAUGUCCCGGCCCGACCAACACUACCCGCAGAUGAUGGCAUUCGAGUAAAGCCACUGAAGUCAAGCAAACCUGACGGCAAUGGCAUUCGAGUUAAACCUGCGAAAACAAUUAUUCCGGAAGACGGGAUUCGUGUGAGACCAAUGGCCCCAAAGAAGCCGAAAAUGGAGACCGAUGAUGGAAUUCGAGUAUAUCCGAUCCGAAAUAAAGAGCCCCUUGAUGGAAUCCGAGUCCGGCCUGUUGACAGUGCUUCUCAAGAAGACUUUCGAAUCCGUCCGAGCCGCCGAGCCUCGAUGGACGAGAUAACCGUCCAGCCAGCCUCAUCCAGGCGGACAUCCGUCGAGAGGAGUGCGAGAGUUACAAGCACCAGACUAGACUCUUCAGAUGGUUUCAUUGAGGUCAUUGAGGAGCCAGAAACUGAGGUUGGCACCCCGACAAGAAAAAGAGACCCUUCUCGUCAUAGAUCAAGACAGAGCCGGAGCCCCAGAGCAGCUGCCCGGGCAGAACAUGCCUCUGACGACCGGUAUUCGGGAUCUGGAGUGGAGAAUCUUACCCCCCGGCACGAGAUAUCAGACGAAGACUCUGAAAGAAUACCGCCCACGGUUCUAGGGAACAAGUCCCUCGCUGAUAUUCCGGUUGGGUACUCGGCCUUUAGCGAAUUGGAUUUACCUCUGGGAGCUGAUGCGAAGAACGGCGCAAAGAGGCCGAAGGCGCAAAGAAAUCAGAGCUUCAAGGCGGUGCCAAAAGUGUUCAAGAAAGUCGUGAGUGGGGCUAAAGACAUCAUCCACGACAAGGUUGACCCGCCCCGACCGGCCGUAAACCAGCCAGCAAGCAUCGAAUCUUGGUUGAACGGCACCGUCGAUCCUUUUGUUGACCCGUCGUCUAAACCGCAACCGGCUGAAAACGAGCAAGGCGAGGCUAAUCAGAGACGGUCCUCAUCGGUCCAGCGGCAAAAAGAAACGAACCAACCUCCAACUUGCAGAGUGCUCGAGCCUCAAGAAAAUGUUGACCCUCAGCAAGAAGACACUGAUGAAACACCGAAAAAAGGGAAGUCACCAGCUACUCCCGCUUCGGGACUCAAGAGAAGACGGGCAACCAAGAGUGCUUCAUCUCCUUUCAGGCCUGGCGGCAAGAAACCCUUUCGAGAGGCGCUGAAAGAAGCAUUUAGAGGCGAAUCCGGUGGUUACAAAUUACCGCCUAUGAUUUACCCAAGCUGUGAGGCUGAGUAUUCUGUGGAAUCAGAGCCCGAAGAGGAAGAUUGGGAGCGUCCAGACGCUCGUCGUCGCUCACCGGACCAGUCUCAGAGAACGCCAUCUCCUGAUCCUUCCACGAUUGACUCGAGCCAAUCCUCAGCAUCUAUUGGCUUGGAUCCCAUUCGUAAGAAGCGGCCGCCUACCACCGGGGUUCAUGAACUAUCCACAAUUGUGUCAGAGGAGUCGAGCAGCUGGACAUGUUCCGACACGGCGUCAAAUAUAUCCCACACCACAGUUACUCAGGCAACAGCUUUUACGAAAUCCACCGACCUAUCCCGAAACAGGAGUCAGAAAUCGAGCCUCAAACGUCGCCUUACUAAGCAUUCAGAUCUCGUUUCCGUGCUCUCCUUGCCAGACGAUGGACAGCUUGCUCCUCCCAGACGGUCAAAGAGCAUCAAAUCAGCCAGAAGUCUCCACCGAAAGCCGAGCAAGUUGGAUAAUGGCAAGAUCGACGAAUUGCUCGACGAGUUUGCUGACGAUGAGCAUUUUUAUGAGAGGGAAUUGAAGGCUCUUGUUGACGGUGUGGUCCCAGUGCUACUGACACAUGUUGUCCACGACGUUGGCCGCGGCGUUGCUCGGAUUUUUAACCAAGCCGAAACUGAUAGCACCAAGGAUGAUCUCAUGGCCAAGUCAGUGGUCAAUAUGGGUGUUGCUCUUGAGAAGCUGAGAAACUUCCAUCGGCGUGUCCCGCUCUCGAAUAUCUAUCAUCUUCUUACCUGGCUUGAAGCGGUAUCUUCCGUUUAUGAUAACUAUCUGGACGUCUGGCGGCUUGGUUUCCAGGACUUGGUUGUUAAUCUUGCGCCUGCGUCUGGGAAGCCGGAGGACGAAGAUUCUCUUCUAAACGCACUUCCCCGCAAUGAGGAAGGUGACGUGCUGGGAGAAAACGGCGAACGAGUUGAUGUCGCAUACCUACUCAAGCGGCCUCUGAUUCGGGUGAAGUGGAUGACAAAGUUUCUCAAGGCUACCUCCACCGUCAUAGAAACCAACGAGGUCAACGACCUUCUAUCGCUAUAUGAGGGCCUCCAGGAGAAAGCCCGUAAAAGGCAUCGCGAAGAGAUUGCCCGCAUGACGGAUGAAGACGCCAGCAAUACAGACACCACCCGCUCUCGUGAUCUUCGAAGUCUUGCUCCAAUCGAUAAUGUUGUCGUUGACCAGAUCCGUCAAGUCGCAGCUAAAGACUCGUUUGCACUCGAUCUUGACCACUCGAGCGGCCAACGACUGGAAUGCCAGGUGGAGCUGAUUCAAAGAGACAACCUGGAUGUUCCCGCCGACAAGGGCGACGUUCUCAUCAGAGAGAUUGGAAACGGUACCCAAUCGUGGCUACUAUUCCCUCCUGUCCCCAAGCAAUUCAUAUCUGCCCGAAGAGGCGACAAUGUUCGGUCCUUGGUGGUAAUGGUUCGAGGUAUGCAUAAUGGGAAUGAAUGGUUUGAACUCGUCAAUCUCUCUACGAAUAACGACGAGCAGAUUACGGACUGGCUCGAUAUUUUGGGUAGUAGCCCACUGCCGCCGGCAUCACAUUGGAAAUCGGCCCUGUCUCCAUUGGACAUGACACCGGCCAAAGCUGAUCUGAUCGACAUUCCCGUUGGUGAGCGGAGGCUCUCCAAACGGCUUUCCAGCUCUCCAAGCACUGAAAAGCCCAAGACUCCAGCUCGCUAUCAUGCACGGCAGAGGUCCAGCGUGUCUUCUAUAGAAAUACCUCCGCCACUAGCUUCACCUCUACAGUCAGAAAGGACACCAACCCGCGAUAGUCACUCCCAACAAACUCGCCUGACCUUGGAGCCAUCGGGUGACGAUCCAACCCCAUCUUGGGAAAGCGCAGGCCACAGUCUCCCGAAGUCCCCGAAAAGGGCGUCUCCAAACUCAACUCCAUAUCGUGAAGAUGGCGCACCCCCUCCACCGAUACAUCGUAAUCUCACACCCAACGGUCCGAGCCACCUUGCUCCUCCAGUAGAGAACAAAACUGUAUCUCGAGUGAAGCGGCGAACUUCAUCUCCACUUAAACACGAAUACCAUCCAUCUGACGUGUCUUCGGACAGCUCAAACCCGCCAAGCGAUGAUUCCGAGUCAUCUCAAUCUUCUAGCGACGAGCUAGACGAAGACGAAGUGCCCGAUACCAUUCCUGGUUAUAGUAUUAAGGUGACUAUCCCGGUCGUGGUUGAAUCGGCAAUUUCGGAUAGUAGUAUAACUCCGUCCAAUUCGGCUUCUCAGAUGGGCAUGCCUGGUCAAGACGGGAAACAAACAGGACGGCCUUUGCAAAAGUUUAUCGCCUCAGUCUCAUAUUGGUCCAGCAAGAAAGGAAUCUGGAAGGAUAUUAGCUCCGAGCCUUGUUCUGUUAUAGUCCACCCGGGAAGCUUGGAGAUGCAUGGCCUCAACGAACCGCUCUCGAAUCAGCAACCAUACCCACUCCAGUCUUCAGGGACAUCAGAGGUCGACAACAGAAACAAGGAUGCGGGCGGUAUCGUGCCCCUCGUUUGCUUAGUUCUUACUCCGGUGGUAAUGAUCCGCAGGAGUACGGCGCUUGAUCUCGAGGUCCGCAGUCCGGCAUCCCAGGCAUCGCGCCUAAAAAUCGAUAGCGGAAUGUUCCGCCUCCGGGCAGCAUCUCAGGCCGAGGCCCAAAUUCUCUACGAAGCAGUGCACCAGAGUCGUAUGAAUAACGCCAGAUACAUUCAGCUCAGCGAGGAGGCACGUGUCCGCUCCUUUGGGCAACAGCAGAAUAUGGCCACCGAGGGCAGUGCAGAUGACGACAGUUCUAGCCGCCGGCGGAGUUGGUUUGGACGUAAGAACAGCUACCGUGCCUCUACUCGUGCUCCGAGUCUGUCCCAAGCCAGCGCCUCGACCGGUAUCUCGGCCACCAGCUUUCUCAGGCGUCUAACGGGCGGAGGUAACACAUCUUUCAACAUCGAUGAGUCGACAGUCGACAAGCAUUCGCGCCCAGGCUCCGUUGCAGGGGGGAUCGGUCCCGGCAGUUUGUACACAUCGAGUGGCUCGUCAAGCGGUGGAGGUGGUUCGUCGACUCCACCGCGAAGCCUUUCUAUCUCUCUAUCUGGCUCAGGAAGCCAGAGCCGCUGGAUCAAUGGACUAGCGAAGCCCUUCUCUCCAGAUGAGCGACCCCUCGACAUCCGAUGUCACUUGAAUGUCCAGAACAACCGCUGGGCCGAUAAGGGGGAUUGCGUCCUAAACAUCAGCCGCCCACCGCCGGGUGUCCGUCAAGAACUGGCGCUGUAUCACGGUAUGGAGAAGCGCAUAAUAGUUACCCACGCGACCAAGAAGAGCGACGAGAAGCCGCUUAUUUUGCUCGAUGCGGUGCUGGGCUCGAAGUGUUUCAGCAUGUUGGGUACGAAAGGGAUUAUGUGCAGCGUGUGGGAGAAUCUGCGCGACGAAGAAGGCAAUGUCGGUGUAGCACCUGCCCAAGGGGCACUAGCUGGCAAAGUCACAAAAUGGUGCUUUCAGUGCAAGAGCGUCCAGCAGGCUGACUGGAUCAUGAAGAUGGUCACUUCCGAGAUCCCGGGGUUGAUAAUGAACUAG